CGUUCAAUCCCAGCCUGUCGCAGGCUGGUUCAUGAACUGUCAAGCGGUGUCUUUCGGUUCGGUUCAUUGAUUUCAGUUCGGGAGACUUUUUCUUUUCGCCUUUUUCGCUAUUUUUCUCCGUCGGCGGCUGUGUCACAGCAGCCCAAGGUUCACAUGCGGUUACGGGAGCAGCGAUUUCGUGCGUAAAGUGAAAAUUAUGUCCAACGGGGCUGCUGGUGGCCCGUGCCAUCGCUCGGUGGUGUUGUGUACGGUGCACCGUGUUUAGUAACCCGCCGUCCGUGUGCAGCGUCCACCCGCACCUCGCGGGCCGACCGUGUGCCACCACACCUCGCUCUCGAAGCUACUACAAUGACUAUCGUUUCGGAAGGCUGCUGCUCCUUGCGCACUACAACAAGCAACGAAGAAAAAUAAGCGAAUGCAGGCAGGAGCGUGAAGAUGUCGGCUGUUAUGCCCGGGACCGGUUAAAGGGCGUCCCUAAGGAGGCGAAUUAAGAAUAAAAAAACGAAUAAGCGAACGAAUACAGCAACGCAGCAACAACAAAACCAGCAAACAGCUGGGAAAGGAGGGGACGACGCGCCCCUGUGCAUCGCGGAAAAACCGGUGUUUGUGGGGGUGUAGAAAGGAGAGAGAGAGAGAGAGAGAAGCUAUUUACAUAAACAAUUCCCUGGCUAUUAGCGGUGGGUGGGUGGCGAGACACCGUUUUGGGGUGCUGCAGGACGAACGCACGACAUUUUCGCCUGUACGAUAAUGUUACGUCGAAAUGGAGCACCCUCCACCGGGAGGUCAUAUGGCCUCUCGGCAGCAGCAGCAGCAGCAGCAGCAGCACCUGCAGUGGCCGGAGCAGCAGCAGCAGCAGUGGCCGCGUCACCCGGAAGCACCCGAAAAGCAAUCGUUGAAAUGCAUACACAAUUCGUCACUACCGUCGCCAAGCGAGCGCAUAACGUUUUGUUGUCCCGAUGUACAAAGCAGCAGCAGCAGCACCAGUGGUGGUGUUAGUAAGCACCAGCAGCAAAGCAAUAGUGGAAACAGCAGCAAUAAUAGACCACCGUCGUCACCAUCGCCAACGACUGAGCCGAGCACGUGCUCUUCGACCUUUUCCUCGUACGCCUUACGCACGAGAUCAUCGAACAGGCCGGCAGCAUCACUAGCGGGUCCUUGGAGCACCCAGGAUCGGAGUGGAUCGACCGAUUCCGGCUCCGACACCGAAGCAAUAAUUACAAAACUCUCUGCAGAGUGCAGAACCAGAGCAAAAACAGUAGCAUCAGCGGCGGGACUACCGCCUAGUUGUGUCGACGGGACGAUGCAGCGCCACCGGAAGAAGGACCGCUCGGAGCGGAACGCUCCACCGACCAUACAGAAGUAUCUGCAGUUUGCGGGCGGGGGUUCGGCGGCCGGCGGUGUCCCAAACGCACCCGGGCUGGUGCCGGCAAACGAAAACCUCUACCAACCGUGCGGCGGCGUCAACCUUUCCACCGUCAUCGAUGUCGACGUUGUCGGCCUGAAGUCGGCGGUCGCUUCCUCGCCGCUGGAUGAAGCGACGCGCACCGGCACGGCCGCCAAGGCGUGCUGCCGGAAGGGGAGCGAUCAGCGAACCAGCAACAACUGCUACCCGGAGGACAAUCCCGACAGCAUCGAGCUGUACCGGGACAAACAGCAGCAGCAGCAGCUGCAGCAACAGGGAGGAAUCUCACACGCACCAAACAUGCGGAUGGAUCUGGCGGACCAAUGUACCGGUAUAGGUGGUCCAUGUCAUCAGUAUCGUAGCAAGUGGGCUUGUGGUGCCGCCGAUGGGGGGUUUAGUGCCUUCCCGGGGGAACCUUCCUCGGAGCUGGGUAAUCUUGCCAGCGGCGGUCAGCCGCCCCCCAACAACCACCACCACCAGCACCAGCACCACAACCACCGCCAGCAGCGUCUCGGGAGUGACGGCACGACGUCGUGCGCGUCCGACCCGGCGACCUCGGGCUCGUCGGGCGUCGGAAGUGCCGAGUACUCGUACGCCUACUGCGAACCGAUACUACUACAGCGACCCCUGGCGGCGGCGACGGCGGAUGGUUCACCAAUGGCGGGGCUCUCCGGGCCACCGCCCGCGGCCUCGUCCGCGUACUGCGUGCCGGUCUAUCACCACCAUCAGCCGCCCGCGUUGCCCUUGCCCCUGCAGCCACCCCUGGCGCGGUCGUCGAUGCGGGGUGGUGGUGUUGGUGGUGGCUUCCCGUCGGCGUCGUCGUCGUCGUCGUCGUCUAAGGUAGUUCCUUCGUACGUGGCGCGCAGUGUGGGCACCACUAUGCACCAUCACCAUCACCACCAUCAUCACAACUACACGCUGCCGAACAGCGCCAUCGGCAAGGGUGUAACGGCGGCGACGGCGGGGGCGGCGGCGACGACAACGACGACGACGACGGGCUCACUGCGUGCCUUAUUUACCAACUUCUUCCGGAAGUCAGCGUCGUCGUCGUCGUCAUCCUCAUCGUCGUCGUCCGGGGCGAUGCUGAACGCCGCCUUCUCCUCGACACCGCCGUUUCUCGAUGCCGCCCUUGGUGCAGGAGGGGGCGGGGUGGACAACAGCAUGCACCACCGUUUAGUCGGGCCUCCGCCACCACCGCCACCACCACCCGAGCGCCAUUCCUUUACCACCUGCUACGGUACGAAGGAGAACAUCUACGAGGAUAUCGGGUCGCAGUCGGCCCUCCAACAAUCCUUGCCAUCGGGAGCCGGUGCAGCGGCGGCGGCCUCGGCGGCGACGAACACGACGACGACCACGGUGGCGACGGCGAGCACCACACCAACACCGCCGUCCGCGAGUGUGAGCACGCCGCCACCACCGCCACCCUUGCCACCGGCUGGCAGCGCCGCCGCCAGUCCCGUCAACAACAACUCGGUGGCCGCCGAGUGGCAGCGGGUGCAGGUGCAGCACGAGCGCAUCAUCGGCGAGCUGAAUCUGUCCGUCGAGCGGCUCAUCAUGCCUUCGUACGACGACGAACACUGCUGCCCGGACCAGCAGCAGCAGGCGAACCAGGAGCUGUCCUACCAAGCACCAGCACCAGUCCACCGUGUCGUUGCCAGUGGGGGGAUCGGAGCCGGGGGCAGUCCGUCAAGUCCCACCGUACUGAAACGCCCUCAUUUCAUAACGGCACCAGCGCCACCGCCGGGCGCAGCGUCCACCUCGCUGGUGGUGGUGGAACGCCACUCGCCCACCAUCUCGUACGGCAAGUCGUACGGCGACGUGGACAGCGGCAUCAGUAGCAGCAGCACGAGCGGCACCAGCUACUCCAGCAGUAUCCUCUACCGCAGCAUCACCAACUACCACCAGCAGCCGGACGCUUCCUCGACGUCGACGUCCCAAGGUGGUGGGGGGACCCAACCCCAUCGGAAGCUGCCAAUGUUCGGUCUACGCACCGCUCCGCUGGGGGCACUAACACUGCCCGGCGCGCGGGUCACCACCACCACCGGUAGCCACUUUCUGCACCCGUCAACAUCGUCGUCGUCGGCGACGGCGAUGGCGGCUCACUCCUCCACUCACUCCGCCGGGGGGAUGAUGAACGUGACGAACGCACCGGAUCCACCGCCACCACCGGAUACGGUCGCCUCCUGCUGCUUCUUCACCGAGCAUCAUCGUCACCAGCAACCUGCACCUCCGGUCGGCUACCCGCCAACAACGACGCACUGGAGCACCAUCGGUAGCCAAGGGGCGGGUCAGUUUGGGCCCGCAUUCGGCGCACCCUCCACCCGCUCGUCCGAGCGAGGCAACGGUGGUAGCAGCGGUAAUUUUUGGAAUCGCUUCCGACGACUCCAUGGACGGUUGACAUCCACCACCUCCGGAAAGCAGCAACAACAGCAGCAACAGCAGCAGCAGCAGCAGCAGCACCAGUUGCAAUAUCACCAUCAGCAGGAAUUCGGCAUGGGGGGAGGAGAGCUGGAUGAUUUUGGGCACCAAUUUUGGCACCAGUAUCCGCAGCAUCCGCAAGGUCACCACCACCAUCAGCACCAGUAUUACCACAGCCGGCCGGUGCACGCACACCAUCCGGCGAUCUCACUCCAAGCGGCGCUCCAGCACCGAGACUUCCGCUACCCAUCGGCAUCGUCGUCCAGCACCGACGUCCAGCACCACCACCACCAACAACAGCGAGGUACCUUAUCUUCGCCUUCGCCGCGUGCCGAUUCCACUUUCGUCGCCGCCGGAAUGUUCACCCAGCAGGAGGAAGACGAUGCCCACGACGAUGGCGAGCAGGAGAACCGAUCGGAGCAGCAGCAGGUGGUGAUGAAGGACAGCGAACAGCAGCAGCAGGCCGUGCAGGAAGCGCCAAAGCCGGAAGCACCGCGAUCGCACUCACCCUCUUCGCCGUCGCCAUCGUCCUCGUCGUCCGGGUCACGCUCGUCGGCAUCGAUCGGUUCGUCCGCCGGUUGCUCCUCCGACGACGGCACGUCACCGGCCGGCUCGUCCUCCAACUCUCCGUCGCCAGUGGCCAAAAAGGCAGCAGCUGCAGCUGCUGCUGGACACAACUAGAGAAGUUGAUCCAACCAGAGCCACCAACAAACAAACCAACCAACCAACCAACCCAUCCGACCAGCGCCCAUAGAGUGUGUGUGUGUCUGUGUGCACCACCAUUCCGUCCGUCCGUGUAGCGAUCCACGAAUUUUAACGCAUUUUAACCAUCGGUGUUGUAGAAGUGUAAUUAAAAAGGGCAAACCGGAAAAAAGUAGGAAGGAAUGCCAGCUUGUUUUUAAACCACACAGCAUUUCUACGCCAGGGAAGGAAGCGACAGUUGCUGCCAAACGUGUGCCAACUCCGAAGCUAUCGGGACAAUGUUCGAACUGGAAGCACACGCACAUAUAUAUACACACACACACACAUACACCGAUCGUCGUGUUAUUCAUGGAGGAUGCGUGCGCGAUUGCCUUUCGAAUUUUUGGUUGUACCACACUCGCGGAACAGAACAGAACGUUGUGUCCAAAACGUUCUUUGCCAUUGUGGCACUUUGUUUAUUUUGUUUACCGCAUAUAGUGUGUGUACGUGUGUGUGUGUGUGUACCGUUGACGUGGUUUUAAAAACUAGACGAAACAGGAAAUAGGAAUAUACAUGUUAUAAGCGAACAAACAUAUUAGUGGUGUAGAAAUUCAAGGAAUGAAAAAGGAUCAGAGAGCGAGAGAGAGAGAGAGAGAGAGAGAGAGAGAAGGCGAAAAAAAGAGAGAAGGGCAAGAAAAGAAAGUGGAGAAGAAAAAAACAAACAUUUACUGUGAUCUGCGCAGCGUUUUUCGAAUUACACAGGAUUAUUAUUACUUUUACAAUUAUAAUUACGAUUAUAAAUUAACACAAUAAUUAUAUUAUAUACAUACAUAUAUGAAUAUAUAUAUAUAUACAUAAGACGUAGAAGAAAAUUAUUAACUGGUCCCAACCUUCCACUAAAGUAGCGCAGAGUCACGGCCGUAUUACGAUGCGUUGUAUUGAAAUAUGUCUAUGAUGUAGAGAGAGAGCUAGACAGCAUUGCGCAUCGAUUAAAUUUUUACAGGAAGCAAAAGCCCAACAAUUGUUUUAGAAGAGUAAGGCUGACGAAGUAGCAUAGCGUGAAUUACUGCUGAGCCUAUUACACGUGCAAGAACAAAACAAGAAGCAAACAAAAACGAACAAACACAAAACGCGUUAUAUUAGACUGAGAUGAGGAAAAGGAAGUGAUGGCGUGUCGAUAAUGGAAGGCAUGUUUUUAAAACCCAUUAUUAUUUUACUGCUUUCGUUUUCAAGAAACGUAGCAUUUUCUUGUGUUUCCGGUUUGUGGAUAAAGCGACCACCCAACCCACCCUGUAGCAUUUUCUUCUUGUUUGGUGCUUCGGUGUUGUAGGGCUUUCGUAAGGCAGAUUCAGUCCUGCGAAUUGUCAAACUGCACAGCGUGCAACAAAACAACAAACACAGAGACAUAACACAGCAAGAAAAUAUAGCCAUACAGCAUUUGUUCAUUUUGUUUUAAGGUGUGCAAGCACGCGCCCGAGAUUACAUUGGAGUUAUCUCGAGCGAGGCAAGCACACAGAUGCAUGCAUGCAUUUACACGAAAUACUAUCGAUUUGUGCGUCUAGGUUUUAAGCAGGGCAGUGGGAGAGCAGAGACGCGAAUCCGGCUGCCGGACAUACAUUUUCUAGGGAUUAAUGCGUGCGAUAUACGACUAUAUACGACACACAAAGGGUCGGAGAAAUAAAGA